GCAAAGUACAUCGCACGCCAUACAGCGACAACAACCACACCAUGUCCGGGCUCAUCUCGCUGCGCGCCGCGGCGCCGAUUGCGUCGGGCUCGCGCGCAUUCUCCGUCUCUGCGGUUGUCGCGAAAGUCAAGGGCGAGAAGGCUAAGAAGGCGGCGACGGGUGUGCGCAAGAAGCAGGGGACGGGAUUCGGCGCCAAAGGCAAGGGCGCGGCGCGUGGCCCGGCCGCGCUGAUCAAGGCCGGCGGGCUGACGCUGCGCACGACGAUGGCGCAAGAGCCCGCCGACUUGUCCGACCUCGUACAGCUGUACCCCGAGGCGCUUGUGCCUCUGAACGCGGGUGCGGCGGCGACAUUCCCGCGCGCAACGUACGAGCACCUCAAGGCGUUUGGGCUGCCGAAGCGCAUCGCGGGCGAGCUGGGCACGGGCGGCCUGCCGGCUUCGGUGAUCCGGCAGGCGACGCUCGACCUCGUGGGCUCGUUGAACGCGGCGAAGCGCGCCAGCUCGGCGGACACGCGCUUGCUCCUCACGGGCCCGCGGGGCGCGGGCAAGAGCAUGCUCAUGCUCCAAGCCGUGGCGUAUGCGAUUGAGGCCGGGUGGAUCGUGCUGUACGCGCCGCAGGCGAGCAAGUGGCUAGACUCCAGCUUGCAGUACCAGUACGACGCGGACAGCAAGAGCUUCCACCAGACGGAGCUGAGCCAGGGCUUGCUCGCCAAGCUCGCGGCGGUGAACAAGGCUGCGCUCGCCAAGGUGACGCUGCCGGAGGCGCUGAGUGUCGGCGGGGAGGAGUUUGCCGCGGGCGCCAAGCUGGCGGACGUUGUCGCACUCGGCGCGAAGGAGCAGCGCCUCGCCGUGCCCGCGUUCGCGGCGGUCGUCGACGUGCUCUCGAAGCAGACGGCCGUGCCCGUCCUCCUCGCCGUGGACGAGAUGCACGCACUCUUCCGCACGUCAGAGUACCGCGCGCCCGACUACACGCGCCUCGAGCCGUACCACCUCUCUGCGUCUGCGCUGGUGCUGGACCUCUUUACGGGCCGCAAGGCGUUUGGCGCCGGCGCGGUCCUCGGCGCGCUCUCGUCCAGCAACACGCAGUGCCCCGUCUCCGACACGCUGCUGCACGCGCUCGGGCUGCCGACUACGCACCCGGUGCACCCGUAUACGGCGCACGACGAGGUGCACCUCGCGAACGCGAGCUCGGGGAUCAAGCCUGUCGAGGUGCCGCUCGGCAUGACGGGCGCCGAGGCCGCGGCCAUGUUUGAGGUGUGGACGCGCAAGGGAUGGGCGACAAAUUCCGCCGACGACGUGUUCCUCGGCGCACUGAAUGCGUCGGCGGGCAACCCGGGGGAGAUGGCGCGCGGGUGGCUCAACUCGCACCAGGCCCACGUCUAGACACCGCUCAUUACACAUUGCAUGCGACUUUUCAUGGCUGUUCGUGA